UACAUACUUACAAAACAGAACACUUUUGUUCCAUUUUCUUCAACAAACAAAUCUAGAUACAUUGAUUAGAGAUGAUCCAAAAUAUGUUUAGUAGUGAAGUGGAACUAGGCAAAUUCCUGGGUAGUAUAGAAAUCAUUUCUGAUGCUUUUCGAGCAAUUGCGGAGACGAGUUUGGCUUAUGAACUUCACACGACUCCUUCUGGAAUCAAAGUUUUGGCUUUCAAGCAGCAUUGUUCAACAGAGGAUACAACUCAGUUCCUUGCCAAAGAAUCCGAUCUGGUUUCGCUAGAGAACCACGAAACCGUUGACUUCAUUUCGACAAAAGUCAACUCAAAAGUCUCCAUCAACGGAACUGCCAUUCAGUUAUUCGAGCGUCUCUCUGAAGACCUCAAAGAGGUCGAAAACCAGCAUAUAUAUAGUCCAUUGAUUAUCACUGGAUGGGGUCUUGGGGGAUACCUUGCCGUUCUUUCUGCAUUGCGGCUGCAACGAGCUAUAGAUGUCGAAGAAUCAAAUGGUGCUAAGAAAACAAAAAGGCCAAUUUGCAUAACUUUCGGUUGCCCUCUUGUUGGUGAUGUCGCUCUCCAAAAAUCCAUCUUAGAACGCCCGUUGUGGAAAUCUAAUUUCCUAAAUGUGGUCGCAAAAAUGGACCAUGUGGCUAGUUUUUUCACAUCAAGUAGUCCUUACAAGCCUUUUGGAACAUUCAUGUUUUGCUCGGAAGCAGGAGGGCACUCUGCCUUUGAAGAUCAAGAAGCAAUCCUUGCAGUUCUCGACGGCAUGGCAGUAUCAAAUAUUGGAAACGCUGAUAUGUAUAAUUAUGGUAACCUAAUGAGUUUGAUGAGAAGGAAGCCCCUGUAUCGUGGGGCUUCCAAUCAUAUCGAAUCUAACUUGAAUUAUUUAAGGGCAGGAAUCACAAUGCAGGUCAAGGAAGUUGGUAUGGUAGAUAAUAUUGAUAGUGCUCUAGUUAGGAAGUUAGAAGCGAAUCAAACAAAGAUGAUAAAAAACAAGAAAAAUGCAGAUAAGUACGAACCUACUAAGAAGCUAAACGAUAUGAAGAUAAGCUUGACAAACAUGGAAUGGUACAUGAAGACAAGGAAACCAAAAGGGGGUUACUAUGAUUGCUUCAAAGAUGCACAAAGCAGGGUAGAAAUUGAAGGGAGAGAAGAAAUUGUAAAGGAUCAACGUAGGUUGAACCAAUAUUACAAGAAGUUAAUUGAAGAAAAGAACUUCAUGCCACAAAAAGAAGGAGCAAAGCUGCGUAAGCGUUGGCUAUAUAGUGGAAACAACUACAGAAUGAUUGUCGAGCCACUAGACAUAGCUGAUCACUACAGAAAAGGCAAUACAAACUACAUAGCGAUCAGACCAGAACAUUAUGUGUUUAUAGAGAAGUGGUACAAUGAAGAUAUUAAGAAUCAAGGUAAAGGGAAAAAGACUAAAGCUGCUAGUCUUACCGAGGAUUCUUGCUUUUGGGCACACGUUGAGGAGGCAGCGAUUUCCUUGAAAGAGUUGAUUAAGGAUGGUAAGUCGAGUAACAAUGGAACUCAUAUGGAGAAACAAUUGGAGGAUUUUGAGGCCUAUGUGAUGCGUGGGGUGAAUGAGUUCUCGGUGUCACCGGAAAUUUUCUUGAAGGGAAGCAGUUUGAUGAAGUGGUGGGAUGGGUAUAAGGAAUACAAAGGAGCUUCAUAUGCUUCUGAUUUUGCCAACUACAUGAAGAACAGUUGCUACGAAACCUAUCAAUAAACUCUACUGUCGUGUUUGAGCUUCAUAUGCUUCUGAAUUUCCGACUUCUUGUAAUGUAUACCCACCACACUAUCUGAAUCAAGAUUCAAAAUGACCCGUUGCUAUUAUGUUUGAGAUUCAUUUUAAUGAAUUCAGUUUAUUUACCUAUAAUAAUGUACGUAUUAUCA